AAUCCUUUCUUAGCUAUGGGGCAAAAGCUGCUCUUUUAUAAAUCCUCUGCCGAAGUGCCGAUAGCUAUUUCCUGCAGCGGCAGCCUCUGUGCAUUGAAACGGCAAAUAAUUACCUCAGCCAUGACUAGUGGGUUAGAAUUUAUUUCCAGAAGAUCACCCAUCGUCUGCACUGGAGGAUGUGUGGCAUCCAGUCAACCACUUGCUACACAAAUUGGCUUAGAUAUUCUGAAGAAAGGUGGGAAUGCCGCCGAUGCUGCAGUGGCUGUAGCGGCUGCCCUCAAUGUCACUGAACCCGCCAGCACAGGACUCGGUGGAGAUUGCUUCUGUUUGUUUUAUAAAGCAGACUCUAAGAAAAUCUAUGCACUGAAUGGGAGUGGCAGAUGUCCAAGAGCACUACAUUUGGAAUUGUUGAAACAGCAAGGGUUUGAUGAAGUAAACCCCCUGCCUUCUUCACACGCUCACAAUGUCACCGUGCCGGGAGCAGCUGCUGCUUGGGUUGACACGGUUUCACUCUUUGGAAGCAAAAAGGUCAGCCUUGGAGAAAUUCUCCAACCAGCUAUUGGAUUAGCUGAGUCUGGGUUUCCUGUGUCUGAAGUGAGUGCUUUCCUGUGGAGCUUUGGCGCCCAAAAGCUCCAGUCGCCAAGUAACAAGUUUGGGGCCGACUUGCUGAUCGGUGGACAGUCCCCACAACAUGGGCAGCUAUUCAGAAAUCCAUCACUGGCAAACACAUUUAAGGCACUGUCUAAACAUGGUAAAAAAGGUUUCUAUGAAGGACGGAUUGCAGAAGCCAUUGUCCAAGUUGUACAGAGCAAUGGUGGGCUUUUGGACCUAACUGACUUGUCCAGUCACAUGACAGAGCAAGUACAACCAGUUUAUACAACGUACAAGGGAGUAAAGGUUUGGGAAAUACCACCUAACAGUCAAGGAAUCGCUGCUCUAAUGGCUCUGAAUAUGUUGGAAAAUUACUCCGUCAGAGAGUGGGGUCAUAAUAGCGCAGAUUACGUCCAUGCUGUAACCGAGGUCCUGAAGCGUAGCACAGUAGACUGUCAGUGGUACUGUGCGGACAGGGCGGUUGUUCCAGUGCCCACAGAGGAGCUCCUCAGUAAGGCGUACUCUACAAAGCAAGUGAAACUAAUUAAUAUGGAGAGAGCCUCUCAAUCUAAUAACCAUGGAAAUCCAUUUGAAACCGGAAAUGACACCGUUUACUUCACCGUGGUGGACGAACACGGCAAUGCCUGUUCAUUUAUUAAUAGUAUAUACAAGAGUUUCGGCACAGGACUUGUACCAGAAGGUUGUGGGUUCACUUUGCAGAAUCGAGGGAGCGGUUUCUCCCUUUCCUCUGUACACCCCAAUUCUUUGGCCCCUGGCAAACGUCCUUUUCAUACCAUCAUCCCAGCCAUGGCCACUAAUGCCGAAACGGAGGAUUUGCUGUGCAGCUUUGGCGUUAUGGGAGGAUUCAUGCAACCUCAAGGACAUGUGCAGGUUCUUUUAGAUAUGGUAGAGUUUGGAAUGAAUCCUCAACGGGCACUGGACGCCCCUCGGUUUUAUGUGGAAUAUAUUAAGAAAGAUCAGAAAUGGCACCUGUAUCUAGAGGAUGGCUUUCCGGAAAAUAUUGCAGAAGAUUUAAAAACAAGAGGUCAUCUGGUGCAUUGGCCUAUUACUGGUCAUGACAGGAAACUUUUUGGAGGUGGACAAAUUAUUACUAAAGGCGAUUGGUGGAGAUCAUCCUCUGACAUCAGCAAAGUGUGGUGGGCUGGGUCUGAUCCUAGAGGGGAUGGCUGUGCUAUGGGAUAUUGUAGUGUGAAAGACUGCUACUAGAUGAACCCAAGGCUCUGAUCUCUUUAUUUACAGUGCCUUAAAGAAGUGUUCAUACCCCUUGAAUUUUUCCAAAUUUUCUCACGUUACACCAAAUAAAUGUUUUUUAUUGGGAGUUUAUGUGAUAGACCAACACAAAGUAGAAAGUAAGUGU